AUGGCUAUCAUGCUUGGGUAUAUAGCUGCAAGGCCAUUUCUCUUUAUCGGACUUGUGACUACAGUUGCCCUUAGCGUAUAUGUCAUCUACUGGCGCUAUAUACAUCAAUUGGCGAAAUAUCCCGGGCCUUUCCUCGCAUCGUUGACGGAUUUAUGGCAAUCCUACCAAUUCUUGACUCUCCGACAGCCGUAUCAUUUAACCGAGUUACAUGAACGUUACGGCCCCAUCGUUCGCUAUGGACCCGACAAGCUAAGUAUCACGGAAGAAGCCGCCAUUCAGGCCAUCUACCAAAAGGGAGCGCGAUUUAUGCCGAAGACAGAGUUUUACGAUGCAUACGGUGCUGUGCAUCCGAAUGUAUUUGGCAUGCGCGAUGAGUCGAUGCAUUCUACUAGAAGGCGUCAUAUGUCGCAUAGCUUUUCUAUCAGCUACGUGAAAGAGAUGGAAAAAUACCUUGAUAUGAACAUCAGCAUUCUGAAAGAGAAAAUCAGAAAGCAUUGCCAGCACGGAGAAGUCUUCGACCUCAAGAAGGCCCUGCACUAUUAUGUGAUUGACGUACUGGGGGAGCUCGCAUUCAGCCAAUCUUUUGAGGUUCAAGAAACCGGCGACGAGUCUCGAGUCCCUCCAGUUGUCGAGCAUAGCCUGCUCGCUGCGGCCACUGGGGCAUGGCCCGCGAUGACCAAAACAUUGAAAAAAUGGUUGCCUCUUGUGCCACAUAAGGGUCUUCGGAAGUUGAUCGAGGGUCGACAGACUUGUGCGGAUCUUGCAUCUGCAUCGGUCAAGCGAAGAUUGAGCGGUCUGCGCGGCCAUGGGGGCAUUGAAAAUGGUCCCGAAAGGAAAGACAUCCUAACGAACCUGAUUAAGGCCAAAGACCCCGAAACUGGUGAGAGCCUCACGCAGGCAGAUCUUGAAACCGAAGCAUUUGGUUUUAUAAUCGCGGGGACACACACAACUAGUGCAACGACUUCGUUGCUUUUGUACCAUCUUCUGCAUCAUCCCGAAUAUCUCGCCGAACUCGUGAAUGAAAUUGAUAGCAACCUUCCGCCGUUGGAAAGAGACACGCUCGCAUAUUCUGCUGUCAAUGCAGAGGCCUUGUUACCGUUUUUGCGUAAAUGUGUGCGCGAGAACUUCCGCAUUACUCCGGUUUUUACGAUGCCACUAGCGAGGCGAGUGGUGUCCCCUGAAGGAGUGCUCAUUGCUGGGCAUCACAUACCACAGGGAACGUCGAUCGCGGUUUGCAAUCAUGCCUUUCACCACAAUCCGCGCGUAUGGGGCGAAGAUCACGAUAUUUUUAACCCGUAUCGAUGGGACCAGCCAGACACGGGAUACAAGGCUCGAUACCUGAUGCACUUUGGCCUGGGCGGGCGUCAGUGUAUCGGGAAGACUGUGGCUACUGCCAAUAUCUACAAACUGACGAGCACGCUACUUGCGGAAUUCAAGUUCGAGCUAGCAGAUGGGCAGGAACAGGCGAAUUCGGAGAAGGGGAAAUAUCAUGGCAAAAUUCCUGAAUUAGUCAGUGUCGGAAUCAGUGAUCUUAAAGAUCCUCUUACAUCACACUCAAUAUCCAACAUGAAACCAGAACUUGAGCAAUUGGAGAAAAAUGCUGCCUCGAAUACUAUACCAAACCGGCCUCGGGGCCUGGAAAAAUCCUCAGAUGAAUUUAUCGAAGAUAUUGGAAGUUCCCUUUCGCCAGAGCAUCGCCAGUAUCUCCUCAACCGUCAUGGCACUUUGGAUAUUUAUCCAAUCCCGGAUUUCAAUGAUGCCGAUCCGUACAACUGGCCAUCGUGGAAGAAAAUAACCAAUCUGUCUCUCGUGGCUUUUCACGCCAUGAUGGCCACCUUUACCGCUGCAGCAAUCCAGUGCGCAUUUGUCAACAUCGCCGAAGAUCUCCAUGUCAGUGUCCACCGCGUGAGCUACCUGGUGUCCCUCUUUAUCGCGAUCAUUGGAGGCGCUCCUCUCCUCUGGUGUCCCUUGGCCAAUUGUUACGGGCGACGUCCGGUACUGCUUAUCUCGCUGGUCUGUAGUCUAGUCGGUAAUGUCGGCUGCGCCGUCAGUCAUUCUUAUGCCACGAUGGGUCUCUGUCGUGCGAUUACCGCUUUUUUCAUUAGCCCUGCAGCGGCGAUUGGAAGCGCUGUUGUAGCAGAGUCAUUUUUCCUUCGGGAUCGCGCACGAUGUAUGGGCGUGUGGACGUUGAUGGUUACGCUGGGUGUGCCAACGGCACCUUUUAUCUUUGGAUUCGCUGCAAUGCGUAUCGGAUAUCGCUGGAUAUACUGGGUGCUAGUCAUGGUCAAUGCUGUCCAAUUAGUUGUCUACCUCCUCCUAGGACCUGAGACCUUGUAUAUUCGCACCGACCACGCGGCUAUCGGGAACCACGCACGUAAACGGAAAUACCUGCCAAUAACAAUCCAACGCAUCCGUCCAACUCCACUAGACCCCUGGGAGUUUAUCCAGCCGCUCAUAUUGGCUGCCCAUCCGUGUGUGAUAUUGCCCGCGUGCGCGUACGCUAUGGUCUUCCUCUUUGGUAGCAUCCUACCUUCCAUCGAAAUCCCCCAGAUCUGGCCCGAGAAAUUCGGGUCCAACACUCAGCAGGUCGGACUGCAAUUCAUCAGCCAGAUCGUCGGCUCAGUCAUCGGCGAGCAAGUUGGCGGCCACCUGUCAGAUCGCUGGAUGUGGUAUCGCCAGCGCCGGCGGCAGCAGCCUCCCGCCCCGGAGUGCCGUCUCUGGAUCAGCUAUAUCGGUCUUGCGCUGACAAUAUGCGGGACGGUUGUCUUUCUCGUGCAGACUGAAAAUGCAUCCUCGCAUUGGAAUAUAACCCCGUUAGUUGGCGUUGCUAUUGCUGCUGCUGGGAACCAAGUGGUCACGACUGUGUAUGUGACCUACGCGAUUGAUUGCUAUAGCUCGGAGGCGGCGAGUGUUGGCGUUCUAAUUACAUUUGUCCGCCAGAUUUGGGGGUUUAUUGGUCCUUUUUGGUAG